GUCGGAUGUGAAGACUGUUCGUCCGAAGAUCAAAGCCACUGGUGCUCCCUUUGUGUGGGCUCUGGAUUCGCCGCCCCGGGGCUUUGCUUGGGAAACCUAAGCUGCUGGGACCGAGGGCAGAGAACCAACUCCCCGCCUUGGUGUUUUCAGCCACUUUAAAUUUUUUUUUUGAAGUGGGGGGGCCGCUCCGACCUGGAUUUACCGUUCUUGGCCCCUCUUUGGCCCCCCCCGUGUGGGGGGCGGUUGUGAUCGUCCUGGCGGGUGGAGGUCGGGGAGCGGCCGGAGCUGUGGCCAUGUUCUCGGGUGAAGAUUUCUGGAUCGCCCUGUGAAGAGGUGUCCCCGGGAGGGCACUGCCCAGUCGGAGAGAGGAAUGGACGACCCAAAGCCCUCUGGUGAAGAUAAAGAUUCAGAGACGGCAGCUGAUGGGCCUGAAGCUUCUGAAGAGUCAGGCCCCACUGAGCCAGACCCCCCCAACCCACCUUUGGGGGAUGCCUCUGUCCACAGCCCAGGGAGCCCCAAGCCCCAGGACCCUCCCCAGGACUGCAGCAAGGGCCCAUUUCGGCGCUGUGCCUUCUGUAACUGUGGGGAAUGGAGUCUCCAUGGGCAGCGGGAGCUGCGGUGCUUUGAACUUCCACCAGACUGGCCCCUGGGUCCAGCAGUGCCAUCUGGCGGGCCUGGACCUGGAGAGACAGCGCCACCCAGUGAUGAUCUGUCCCAGAUUGGCUUCCCUGAGGGCUUGACACCUGCCCAUCUGGGAAAGCCUGGUGGACCCUGCUGGGCUCACCAUUGGUGUGCAGCAUGGUCAGUGGGAGUACAGGGCCGAGAUGGGCUGGAGUUGCACGGAGUGGACAAGGCCGUCUUCUCAGGGAUCUCUCAGCGCUGUUCCCAUUGCUCCAGGCUGGGAGCUUCCAUCCCCUGCCGAUCGCCCGGAUGCCCACAGCUCUACCACUUCCCCUGUGCUGCUGCCAGUGGCUCCUUCCAGUCUAUGAAGACUCUGCAGCUGUUGUGUCUGGAGCAUGGCGAGGAGGCCGCACAUCUGGAGGAUGCCCGUUGUGUGGUGUGUGAUGGGCUGGGUGAGCUUCGAGAUCUACUCUUCUGUACCAGCUGUGGGCAACACUAUCACGGGGCCUGUCUGGACACUGCUCUGACUGCACGAAAACGUGCUGGUUGGCAGUGCCCAGAUUGCAAAGUGUGCCAAACCUGCAGGCAGCCCGGGGAGGAUUCCAUGAUGCUAGUCUGUGAGGCAUGUGACAAGGGCUACCACACCUUCUGCCUGAAGCCAGCCAUUCAGAGCCUACCCCCUGAUUCUUGGAAGUGCAAGACGUGCCGGGUGUGCCGAGCCUGUGGGGCGUGCCCAGCAGAGCUGGAUCCCAACUGCCAGUGGUAUGAGAAUUACUCACUGUGUGAGCGGUGCCAGGGGCAGCAGAACACCCAGGGCGGGAGGAUGGGCAGCCCUGAUACCGAGCAGAACCCCCCUGUCUGUAACAAAUAUCCAUCGCCGGAGCCUGGCAUUGCCCCCAUUGGUACACCUGAUGAUCUUGAUAAUGCAUGCCAGGAACAACUGGAGGGGGAAGAGGAAGCCUCCACAAAGUCUGAGGAACCAGGGCUACUGCAGCGUGAAGCCAAACCACUAGGGCAAGCAGGGACCCAAGUUGAAUCCCCACCUGAGGUCCCAUCACCACCUGAGGUUGCCCCCCUUGAUGAGGAGAUGCCACUGGAGCCCCUGUUCCUACCUGAGGAACCACUCUUGUCACCUCAGCUACCACCAACAGAUCCUCCCCCUCCUCCACUUUCUCCUGCCACUGCUGUAGCCCCACCAUCCUUGUCUCCCUUGGGGGAGCAAGAGGAGCUCCCUGAUGCCAAAGGGGACAGUGAGCCAGGGACUCCUCCAGAGGUCCCUAUCCUAGACACGCCCAUCAGCCCCCCUCCAGAAGCCAGCUGCUUUGAACCAGAGCCCAUAGCUCCUAUAGACUUGACCCCUUCUCCAGCCUCCCCUGAAGAACUGGGAGAACUGAAUUCUCCCAUUCCUCUAGAGCCCCCUCCUCCCCAGUGCUCCCCUCUGCCAUUAGCCCCUUCUCCCCUGGGCUUCCUGGAGAAGGCACCAGAAGUCCUAGAUGAGUCUGAGUCACAGGAGAUGGAGACAGAGCCAGAGUGCCCAGCUCUGGAGCCUAGUGGGAUCAGCCCCCCAGCCUGUCCUACAGGAGACCUCUCCUGUCCUGCCCCCAGCCCUGCUCCAGCCCUGGAUGUCUUUUCCAGCCUGGGUGAGGACACAGUCUGUCUCGAUGAGACGGAGGCUACUGGUCCAGAGCCAGAGACUGGACAGACUUCUGGCAGUUCAGGUAGUGAUCCUAAAGGCUCCCCUUUGCUCCUUGACCCUGAGGAGCUGGCCCCUGUGACCCCUAUGGAGGUCUAUGGUUCUGAUGGCAAGCAGGCUGGGCAGAGCUCACCUUGUGAAGAGCCUGAGGAGCCAGUUGCCCCACCAGUGCAUACCCCUCCCGCCCUCAUCAAGUCCGACAUCGUCAAUGAGAUCUCUAACCUGAGCCAAGGUGAUGCCAGUGCCAGCUUCCCAGGUUCUGAGCCUCUGCUGGGCUCCCCAGACCCUGAGGGGGGUGGCUCGCUCUCCAUGGAGCUAGGUGUGUCCACUGACGUCAGCCCUGCACGGGAUGAGGGCUCCCUUCGGCUCUGUACCGACUCACUGCCCGAGACUGAUGACUCCUUACUUUGUGAUUCUGGAGCAACUGGAGCUGGCGGCAAGGCUGAGGGCGACAAGGGGAGACGACGAAGCUCCCCUGCCCGCUCCCGUAUCAAACAGGGCCGUAGCAGUAGCUUCCCAGGAAGACGUCGACCUCGGGGGGGUGCCCAUGGAGGAAGGGGGAGAGGACGUGCCCGGCUGAAGUCAACCACUUCCUCUGUGGAGACUCUGGUAGUUGCAGACAUUGAUAGCUCUCCCAGCAAGGAGGAGGAGGAGGAAGACGAUGACACCAUGCAGAAUACUGUGGUUCUCUUCUCCAACACCGACAAAUUUGUCCUAAUGCAGGACAUGUGUGUAGUGUGUGGUAGCUUUGGUCGAGGGGCAGAGGGCCACCUCCUGGCCUGCUCUCAGUGUUCACAGUGCUACCAUCCUUACUGUGUCAACAGCAAGAUUACCAAGGUGAUGCUGCUGAAGGGCUGGAGGUGUGUGGAAUGCAUCGUAUGUGAAGUGUGUGGCCAGGCGUCUGACCCCUCUCGCCUUUUGCUCUGCGAUGAUUGUGAUAUCAGCUACCACACCUACUGUCUGGAUCCCCCACUGCUCACAGUGCCCAAGGGUGGCUGGAAGUGCAAAUGGUGUGUGAGUUGCAUGCAGUGCGGGGCCGUUUCACCAGGCUUCCACUGUGAGUGGCAGAACAGUUAUACCCACUGUGGGCCCUGUGCCAGCCUGGUGACCUGUCCGGCGUGUCGUGCUCCUUAUGUAGAAGAAGAUUUGUUAAUCCAGUGCCGCCAUUGUGACCGGUGGAUGCAUGCUGGUUGUGAGAGCCUAUUCACUGAGGAAGAGGUGGAACAAGCAGCAGAUGAAGGCUUUGAUUGCGUCUCCUGUCAGCCCUACGUGGUGAAGCCUGUGGUGCCCAUUGCGCCACCAGAGCUCGUGCCUGUGAAGGUGAAGGAGCCAGAGCCCCAGUACUUCCGCUUUGAGGGAGUAUGGCUGACGGAGACCGGCAUGGCUGUGCUUCGAAAUCUGUCCAUGUCCCCCCUUCACAAGCGGCGUCAGAGGCGUGGGCGGCUUGGCCUCCUAGGUGAGGGCGGGCUAGAGGGGCCGGAGCCCUCGGACCCCGGCGGCCCCGACGACAAGAAAGAUGGGGACCUGGAUGCUGACGAGUUGCUCAAGGGCGAAGGGGUCGGUGUGGAGCACAUGGAGUGUGAGAUCAAGCUGGAGGCUCCUGCCAGCCCUGAUGGGGAGCCUGGCAAGGAAGAGACUGAUGAGGGCAAGAAACGCAAGCGCAAACCGUACAGACCUGGCAUUGGGGGCUUCAUGGUUCGACAACGCAAGUCUCACGCUCGUCUGAAGAAGGGGCCCGCCGUGUUGGUGGAAGUGCUGAGUGGGGAGGGCCAGCCUGAUGAGGUUGUGACAGUUGACCCACCUGCAGAGGGUGCAGUGGAGCAGAGCCCAGCCGAAGGUGAUGAGAAGAAGAAGCGUCGGGGUCGAAAAAAGAGCAAGCUGGAGGACAUGUUUCCUGCCUACCUGCAGGAAGCCUUCUUUGGGAAAGCACUGUUGGACCUUAGCCGAAAGGCAUUGCUGGUGGCUGGAGAUGGACGACUGGGCUUUGUGCCAGGCACCCCCAGGGGCAAGGGGGACCCAGGCCCUGAUAGAAAAGAGGCUUCUGCUUCACAGAAAGGGGAGGAUGGACCAGAUGUUGCAGAUGAAGAGUCCAGAGGCCCUGAGGGCAAUUCAGAGACUCCAGGCCCUGAAGAUGGAGGCAUCAAGACAUCUCCUGUACCCAGUGACCCAGAGAAACCAGGAACCCCAGGCGAGGGAAUGCUCAGCUCUGACUUGGACAAGAUCCCCACAGAAGAGCUGCCCAAGAUGGAAUCAAAAGAUCUUCAACAGCUUUUCAAGGAUGUCCUAGGCUCCGAGCGGGAGCAGCAGAUUGGCUGUGGGACUCCCAACCUGGAUGGGGGUCACACCCCAAUGCAGCAGAGGCCCUUCCUACAAGGUGGGCUUCCUUUGGGCAACCUCCCUACCAGCAGCCCAAUGGACUCCUAUCCGGGCCUUUGCCAGUCUCCUUUCCUUGAUAGUAGGGAGCGCGGGGGCUUCUUCAGCCCAGAGCCCGGUGAGCCUGACAGCCCCUGGACGGGCUCAGGGGGCACCACACCCUCCACACCCACAACCCCAACCACGGAGGGUGAAGGCGAUGGGCUCUCCUACAACCAGCGGAGCCUCCAGCGCUGGGAAAAGGAUGAGGAGCUGGGCCAGCUUUCUACAAUCUCGCCUGUGCUUUACGCCAAUAUUAAUUUUCCUAACCUCAAGCAGGAUUAUCCAGACUGGGCCAGUCGCUGCAAACAGAUCAUGAAGCUGUGGAGAAAAGUCCCGGCCACUGACAAAGCCCCCUACCUGCAAAAGGCCAAAGAUAACCGGGCGGCUCACCGCAUCAACAAGGUGCAGAAGCAGGCGGAGAGCCAGAUCAGUAAGCAGACCAAGGUGGGCGACAUAGCCCGCAAAACCGAUCGGCCCACCCUGCACCUACGCAUUCCCCCUCAGCCAGGGAUGCUGGGCAGUCCCCCUCCAGCUUCUGCUCCGACUGUCUUCAUUGGCAGUCCCCCUACCCCAGCUGGCUUGUCUACCUCCUCGGACGGGUUCCUGAAGCCACCAACGGGCACGGUGCCCGGCCCUGACUCGCCUGGUGAUCUCUUCCUCAAGCUCCCACCCCAGGUGCCCGCCCAAGUGCCUUUGCAGGACCCUUUUGGACUGGCCCCCACCUAUACUCUGGAGUCUCGCUUCCCCACAGCACCACCAGCCUAUCCCCCCUAUCCUGGACCAGCAGUGGCCCCCGCGAAGCCUCAGAUGCUGAGUGCUCCCCCUCGGCCUGGGGCUGGCCAGCCUGGAGAGUUCCAAUCCACCCCACCUGGCACCCCAAGGCACCAGCCUUCCACACCUGAUCCUUUUCUCAAACCCCGUUGCCCCUCACUAGACAACUUGGCAGUUCCAGAGAGUCCGGGGGUGGGUGGGGCCAAGGCUUCUGAGCAACUGAUGUCCCCUCCACCCUUUGGAGAACCUCGGAAGGCCCUAGAAAUAAAGAAGGAGGAGCUGGGGGCAGCUUCUCCCAGCUAUGGCCCCCCCAGCCUUGGUUUUGGAGACUCACCUUCCUCCGGGCCCCACUUAGGCAGCCUGGAGCUAAAGGCACCGGAUGUCUUCAAAGCCCCCCUGACCCCUCGGGCAUCUCAGGUAGAGCCGCAGAGCCCGGGUAUAGGCCUGAGGCCUCAGGAGCCUCCCUCUGCCCAUGCUGUGGCCCCCUCACCCCCUAGCCAUGCAGACCUAUAUCGCUCAGCUCCUUCUGGCUCCUAUCCUGAGUCCUAUUCACAGCCCCCACUGACACCCCGGCCUCAGCCUCCACCUCCUGAGAGUUGCUGUACCCUGCCACCUCGCUCCUUGCCGUCUGACCCUUUCACUCGAGUACCUGCCAGCCCCCAGUCUCAGUCUAGCUCUCAGUCACCCCUGACACCCCGCCCGCUGUCCACCGAAGCCUUCUGCCAGUCACCAGUCACCCCUUGCUUCCAGUCACCUGACCCCUACUCUCGUCCACCCUCACGGCCCCAGUCCCGGGACCCUUUUGCCCCACUACACAAGCCACCUCGGUCCCAGCCCCCUGAAGUUGCCUUCAAGGCCGGGCCCCUGGCCCAUACUCCAUUAGGGGUAGGGGGCUUUCCAGCGGCUCUGCCCUCUGGGCAAUCAAAUGACCAUCACGCUAAGAGCUCUGGCGGGCAGCCUCCAUCUUUUGUCCGUUCUCCAGGGGCAAACGUGUUUGUGGGCAAUCCUUCCCCCAUGCGCUUCACUUUCCCCCAGGCAGUGGGAGAGCCGCCCCUGAAGCCCCCUGCCUCUCAACCUAGUCUCCCUCCACCCCAUGGGAUCAACAGCCAUUAUGGGCCAGGACCCACUGUGGGCAAGCCCCAAAGCACAAACUACACAGCAGCGGCAGGCAGUUUUCACCCAGGAGGCAGCCCCCUGGGGCCAGGCACCGGGCCACCAGCUGAGGGCUAUGGGCUGUCUCCGUUGCGUCCACCAUCGGUUUUACCACAGCCUGCACCGGAUGGUCCUCUCACCUACCUGCCCCAUGGUGCCCCACAGCGGGGGAGCAUCACCUCCCCGGCUGACAAGCGAGAAGACUCAGUGUCUGGGAUGGCCACCUCCCUGGUGGGUCCUGAGCUGCCAGGUCCCCAGGACCCCAGCAUGGCUAAUCUGAGCCAAACAGAGUUGGAGAAGCAGCGGCAGCGCCAGCGUUUGAGAGAGCUAUUGAUCCGACAGCAGAUUCAGCGUAAUACCCUUCGGCAGGAGAAGGAAACAGCAGCAGCCACCAGUGCUGUAGGGCCAGGCAGUUGGGGUGCUGAGUCUAGCAACCCUGCUUUUGAGCAGCUGAAUCGAGGCCCCACCUCCUACCCUGGGGCACAGGACAAAAGUGGCCUUACAGGAUUGCCCCCUAACAAACUAAGUGGCUCAGUUCUGGGACCUAGCCCCUUCCCUGCAGAGGAGAGACUCAUUCGGCCACCACCACCCCCUACUCCUUCUUCCAUUGACAUGAAUGGCCGGCAACUGGUUGGGGGCACCCAAGCCUUCUUUCCACGGGGGCCCUUCUCUGGACCUCUGCCCCCUCAACAGCAACAGCAGCUCUGGCAGCAGCAGCAGCAGCAGGCCGCUGUGGCUUCCAUGCGGCUUUCCAUGCCUGCAAGGUUCCCUCAACCACCUGGGCCGGAACUUGGCCGGACAAUCCUAGGCCCUCCUCUGAGUGGGCUUUCCAACCGCCCUCCUGGCCCAGGGGAGUCACUUCCUGGUCCUGGUCCUGCUCAGUUCAUCGAGCUUCGUCACAAUGUGCAGAAGGGGCCAGGGCCUGGUGGUGCCCCUUACCAUCUUCAGGGCCCCCCUCAGAGGCCACGAUUCUUCUCAGUGGCUGAGGACUCCCAUCGCCUGGCUCCGGAUAGUCUUCGACCUGUGGCAGUGUCCACCCUGCCCCCACAGAAACCCUCAGCUCCUCCACCACCUGAACUGAGUAACAGCCUCCACCCCCUCCCCCAUCCCAAGGGUCCUAGCCUUCCUGCUAGCCAGGAGCUGGUUGGCCGAUCUCCCUCUAGCACAGAGGCAGGACGUCCACCCCUGGUCCUGGAGUCUGGAAAACUGCCCUGUGAGGAGCCUGAGCUGGAUGACGACUUUGAUGCCCAUAAGGCACUGGAAGAUGAUGAGGAGCUGGCCCACCUGGGGCUUGGGGUAGAUGUGGCCAAGGGUGAUGAUGAGCUCGGCACCCUUGGAAACUUGGAGACCAAUGACCCCCAUCUGGACGACUUGCUGAAUGGGGAUGAAUUCGACCUCUUGGCCUAUACAGACCCUGAGCUGGACACUGGUGACAAGAAGGACAUAUUUAAUGAACACUUGCGACUGGUAGAAUCCGCCAAUGAGAAGGCUGAGCGUGAGGCGCUCCUGAGGGGCACAGAACCCAGCCUGUCUGGUGCUGAGGAGCGCCCACCCCCUACCACUGAUGGACCUGAUUCCCAUCUCGCCCCCGGGGCCACUGAAGUGAAGCCUAAAUUAGAGGAGGGUGGACACCAGGCCUCUCCUUGCCAGUUCACCGUGGCCACCCCCAAGGCAGACCCGGUGCCUCCUGGCACUCUGGGGCUGGGGCUGAAGCCUGGGCAGAACUUGCUGGGGCCACGAGACGGCAGGCUAAACAUGGGUCCCUUCCCUAACAAUGUGCAUACCGCUGAGAAGAGUCCCUUUGGAAGCACAGCAGGUCCCCCACCCCAGCUGUUGACCUCGAGCCCACUGAGUGGCCCAGGGGGAGCAUCCUUGCUGGAGAAGUUUGACCUGGAGAGUGGGGCCCUGACCCUGCCUGGUGGGCCUCCACCGUCUGGAGAUGAGCUGGACAAAAUGGAGAGUUCCUUGGUGGCCAGUGAACUGCCUCUGCUCAUUGAGGACCUCCUGGAGCAUGAGAAAAAAGAACUCCAAAAGAAGCAACAGCUCUCUGCCCAGCUACAACAGCCACCCCCACCCCCACCACCCCCACCCCCACCCCCACCGCCGCCCCCACCACCGCCACCGCCGCCACCUCCACCACCGCCGCCCCCACAGCAGCAACAGCAGCAGCACCUCUUGCUGGCCACCUCAGGCACUGCCCAGUCCAUGCCUCUGCCCCAAGAAGGUCCACCUCCUGGCCUGGCUGUUACCCCACAACAGCUUGCACUAGGGCUUGGGGCUCGGCAGCCUGGCCUAGUGUCCACCCAGGCGAUGAUGUCCACCCAGCAACCAUCCCAUGCCCUGCAGCAGCGCCUGGUCCCUCCCAUGGCCAUGGUGCCCAACCAGGGGCAUAUGCUCAGCGGAGGGCAGGCAAGCUUGGUGCCUCAGCAGAAUCCACAGCCAGUGCUGGCCCAGAAGCCUAUGGGGGCAGUGCCACCAUCGAUGUGCAUGAAGCCGCAGCAGCUGGCGAUGCAGCAACAGCUAGCCAACAGCUUCUUCCCUGAUACAGACUUGGACAAGUUUGCUGCAGAGGACAUCAUUGAUCCCAUUGCCAAGGCUAAGAUGGUGGCCCUGAAGGGCAUCAAGAAGGUGAUGGCGCAGGGCAGCAUUGGGGUGGCACCAGGCAUGAACAGGCAACAGGUGUCCCUGUUGGCCCAGCGGCUCUCGGGAGCUCCUGGCAGCACUGACCUACAGAAUCAUGUGGCAGCUGGGAGUGGGCAGGAGCGGAGCAGCAGUGACCCCUCCCAGUCUCGGCCCAACCCACCCACUUUUGCCCACGGUGUGAUCAACGAAGCCGACCAGCGGCAGUACGAAGAGUGGCUGUUUCACACCCAGCAACUGCUACAGAUGCAGCUCAAGGUGCUGGAAGAGCAGAUUGGGGUGCACCGAAAGUCCCGCAAGGCCCUGUGCGCCAAGCAGCGCACCGCUAAGAAGGCUGGCCGAGAGUUCCCAGAGGCUGAUGCGGAGAAGCUGAAGUUGGUCACUGAGCAGCAGAGCAAGAUCCAGAAGCAGCUGGACCAGGUUCGGAAACAGCAGAAAGAGCACACAAACCUGAUGGCAGAGUAUCGGAACAAGCAGCAGCAGCAGCAACAGCAGCAGCAGCAGCAGCAGCAGCAGCAGCAGCAGCAGCAGCAUUCCGCGGUGCUGGCCUUGAGCCCCUCCCAGAGCCCCAGGCUGCUGGCCAAGCUUCCUGGGCAGCUGCUCCCAGGCCACGGGCUGCAGCCUCCACAGGGACCCCCGGGCGGGCAGGCGGGCAGCCUUCGCCUGCCUCCUGGAGGAGUUGCACUGACCGGCCAGCCCAGCGGCCCUUUCCUCAGUACAGCCCUGGGCCAACAGCAGCAGCAGCAGCAGCAGCAGCAUCCAGCCGGGGCAGGGACCCUAGCAGGCCCCUCGGCAGGCUUCUUCCCCGGGAAUCUUGCUCUCCGAGGCCUGAGUGCCGACGCACGGCUCUUACAGGAACGGCAACUCCAGCUGCAACAGCAGCGAAUGCAGCUGACUCAGAAGCUGCAGCAGCAACAGCAGCAGCACCUGUUGGGACAGGUGGCUCUGCAGCAGCAGCAGCAGCAGCAGCAGCAGCAGCAGGGCCUGGGGCCCAAGCCCCAGGGACUCCUGCCUCCUGGCAGCCAUCAGGGCCUCUUGGUCCAGCAGCUGUCCCCCCAGCCGCCCCCAGGGCCCCAGGGCAUGCUGGGCCCUGCCCAGGUGGCAGUGUUGCAGCAACAACAGCAGCAGCAGGUGCACCCUGGAGGUCUGGGUCCCCAAGGCCCUCACAGACAAGUGCUCCUUGCUCAGCCCCGAAUGCUAGGGUCCCCUCAACUGGCCCAGCAAGCACAAGGCCUCAUGGCCCACCGACUUGUCAUGGCCCAGCAGCAGCAGCAGCAGCAGCAGCAGCAGCAGCAGCAGCAGCCGCCCAUGACUGGGCUCUCCCAUCUCCAACAGGGAUUGAUGCCUCCUAGUGGGCAACCCAAGCUGGGCACCCAAUCCAUGGGGACGCAGCAGCAGCAGCAGCAGCAGCAGCAGCAACCGCAACCGACGCUGGGGCUCCUUAACCAGGGUCGACCUUUAUUGCCUCCCCAGCAGCAGCAGCAGCAGCAGCAAUUGCUGCCACCCCCAGCCAACUCUCUUACCCAGCAGCAGCAGCAGCAGCAGCAGCAGCAGCAGCAGCAGCAGGUGGCCCUGGGUCCCGGCUUGCCUGCCAAACCCCUCCAGCACUUUCCCAGCCAUGGAGCCUUGGGCCCAGCCCUCUUGCUUAGCCAGGGGUUGCCCUCGGGCCUACCAGGCAAAGAGCAAGCUGGGGCAGAGACAGUGCUAGUACCUGAAGGCACUGAAGCCUCCUCAGUGCACCUAGGAGGACCGUUGGCAUUGGGUCCUCCUACAGAAGCCCUGCCCCCAGAGCCAGUGGAGGUGAAGCCCCCCCUCCCUGGGGACUCUCACCUCCUCCUGUCCCAACCACAGCCUCAUCCUCAGCUCCAGCCCCAGCCCCAGCCCCAGCCCCAGCCCCAGCCCCAGCCCCAGCCUCAGCCUCAGCCCCAGCCCCAGCCCCAGCCCCCUCAGAUGAACUCCCUGCAGUUACAGGCACCUCUGAGACUUCCAGGGCAGCAGCAGCAGCAGCAGCAACAGCAAAUCAACUUACUCCAUCCAGCGGGUGGUGCAAGUCAUGGGCAGAUGGCUGGUGGGCAACCCCCUGAAGUUACUUCCAUGUCCCACCUGCUGACCCAGCCCCUAGGUUCUGUAGGGGAGCGGGCCUCUGGGCUGGAUCGACCCCUAAAAGGGAGCCCAAGGCCACAGCCUCCCAAGCCAGGCCCUCUACCCCACCCUGGGCAGGGCCUACCAGGGCAUGCGGGAAUGCCCACAGUGGGGCAGCUGCGGGCCCAGCUUCAGGGUGUCUUGGCCAAGAACCCACAGCUUCGGCACCUAAGCCCUCAGCAGCAACAGCAGCUGCAGGCCCUUCUCGUGCAGAGGCAAUUGCAGCAAGGCCAGGUGCUAAGGCAAACAGUGCCCUACCUGGAGCCUGGGAGCCAUCCUUCUUCCUUGCAAGGCCUCCUGGGCCGCCAGCCCCAACCUGGGGGCUUCCUCGGAGCUCCAUCAGGGCCUCUACAGGAGCUAGGGGCGGUGCCCCGACCCCAGGGCCCUUCCCGGCUCUCUACCCCACAAGGAGCCAUAGCAUCAGGGCCAAACCUUGGCCUUGCACAACCCCCUCCUCUGCCAUCCAGCCCCCAAGAGCCAAAGAGACCUUCCCCACGAUUGCUGCCCCCUAGCCCUCAGCUUCCUGCUGAGGCUCAGCUCACCCCUACCCAGACUGAGAUCCCAAAGCUCCAAGAAUCCUCCUUGGAGCUACCUUCAGGGGACAUUCCACCCCCCUCGUCGGCAGCCUCCCAACUUCCAGAUGCUUUCUUUGCCAAGGGACCAGGACCUUGGGAAACCCCAGACAACCUGGUUGAGGCCCAUAAGCCUGAGCAGAACAACAUGAGGCCUGGAGAGGUGGAGCAGGUGAAUGGGCGGGAGAUGCCCGAGCCACCCCGUCUCAUGAUCAAGCAGGAGCCUCGAGAGGAGCCUUGUGCCCUGGGUGCCCAGGUGGUGAAACGGGAGGCUAAUGGGGAACCUGUGAGCACACCAGGCACCAGCAACCACCUCUUACUGGCAGGCAGCCGCUCAGAGGCUGGGCACCUGCUCUUGCAGAAGCUGCUUCGGUCAAAGAAUGUACAGCUUGGCGCAGGGCAUGGACCUGAGGGGCUCCGAGCAGAGAUCAAUGGGCACAUUGACAGCAAGCUGGCUGGGUUGGAGCAGAAGCUUCAGGGCACGCCAGUCGGCAAGGAGGAUGCUGCAGCCAAGAAACCAUUGACCCCCAAGCCCAAGAGGGUACAGAAGGCGGGCGACAGGGUGGCAAGUUCCCGGAAGAAGCUCCGGAAGGAAGAUGGGGUGAAAGCCAAUGAGGCCCUGCUGAAACAGCUGAAGCAGGAGCUGUCCUUGCUGCCACUUACAGAACCCAGCAUCACCAACAAUUUCAGCCUUUUUGCUCCCUUCGGCAGUGGCUGCCUCAUCAAUGGGCGGAGCCAGCUGAGGGGGGCCUUUGGGAGUGGGGCACUACCCACUGGCCCUGACUACUAUUCCCAGCUUCUUACGAAGAAUAACCUGAGUAACCCGCCAACGCCGCCUUCCUCGCUGCCGCCUACCCCACCCCCAUCAGUACAGCAGAAACUGGUGAAUGGGGUCACUCCUUCUGAGGACCUGGGGGAGCAACCUAAAGAUGCGGCCCCUGCCCGAGAGCCUGAUGGGGGACCACGGGAUGCUCCUGAAGUGAAGAGCUUGGACCUGCUGGCAGCGCUCCCCACUCCUCCUCACAACCAGACUGAGGAUGUCAGGAUGGAGAGUGAUGAGGAGAGCGACUCCCCUGACAGCAUCGUGCCAGCUUCUUCCCCUGAGAGUAUCCUGGGAGAGGAGGCACCUCGAUUUCCCCAGCUGAUGUCAGGCCAGCAGGAGCAGGAGGACAGGGCCCUGUCCCCAGUCAUCCCCAUCAUCCCCCGGGCCAGCAUCCCAGUCUUCCCAGAUACCAAGCCAUUUGGGGCUCUGGAACUAGAACCAACAGGAAAGCUGUCUGCCAACACCUGGGAAAAGGGCAAGGGGAGUGAGGUGUCCGUCAUGCUGACUGUUUCUGCUGCUGCUGCCAAGAAUCUGAAUGGUGUCAUGGUGGCUGUGGCAGAGCUGUUGAGCAUGAAGAUCCCCAGCUCCUAUGAGGUGCUGUUCCCAGAGAGUCCUGCCCGUGCAGGGGGUGCCGAGGCCAAGAAGGGGGAAGUGGAGGGGCCUGUGGGUUCUUCCUCACUUCUUCCUACAGGUGGUAAAGAGAAAAGCCUAGGGGGAAAGCCCACCGAGGGUGGCAGUGACUGGCUGAAACAGUUUGAUGCAGUGCUGCCCGGCUAUACCCUCAAGAGCCAGCUGGACAUCCUGAGCCUCCUCAAGCAGGAAAGCCCUGUCCCAGAGCCGCCUGCCCAGCACUGCUAUAUCCACAACGUCUCCAACCUGGAUGUCCGUCAGCUCUCUGCUCCACCCCCUGAGGAGCCUUCCCCGCCCCCUUCACCCUCGGCUCCUUCCCCUGCCAGCCCCCCAGCUGAACCCUCAGCCCCAUCACCCCCACCACUAGUUCCCUCACCUCCGAUGCCUGAAGCAGCUCGCCCCAAGCCCAGAGCCCGGCCCCCUGAAGAGGGGGAGGAUUCCCGGCCACCCCGGCUUAAGAAGUGGAAAGGGCUUCGCUGGAAACGGUUACGGCUGCUGCUGACAAUCCAGAAGGGUGGUGGACGACGGGAGGGUGAGCGGGAGGUAGCAGAGUUCAUGGAGCAGUUGGGCACAGCCCUCCGACCUGACAAGGUGCCCCGUGACCUUCGGCGCUGCUGCUUCUGCCAUGAAGAGGGUGAUGGAGCUACUGACGGGCCAGCCCGACUCCUCAACCUAGAUCUAGACCUCUGGGUCCACCUGAACUGUGCCCUGUGGUCCACAGAAGUUUAUGAAACUCAGGGUGGGGCGUUGAUGAAUGUCGAGGGUGCCCUCCACCGAGGGCUACUGACCAAGUGUUCGCUGUGCCAGCGUACGGGAGCCACUAACAGCUGUAACCGGUUGCGAUGUCCUAGUGUCUACCACUUUGCCUGUGCCAUCCGGGCCAAGUGCAUGUUCUUCAAGGAUAAAACGAUGCUGUGCCCCCUGCACAAGCUGAAGGGGCCCUGUGAGCAGGAGCUGAGUUCUUUUGCUGUCUUUCGACGCGUCUACAUUGAGCGGGAUGAGGUGAAGCAGAUUGCUAGCAUCAUCCAGCGUGGUGAGCGGCUGCACAUGUUCCGGGUGGGAGGGCUAGUGUUCCAUGCCAUUGGGCAGCUGCUGCCCCACCAGAUGGCCGACUUCCAUAGCGCCACAGCCCUGUACCCAGUUGGCUAUGAGGCCACGCGCAUCUACUGGAGCUUACGCACCAACAACCGGCGCUGCUGUUAUCGCUGCUCCAUCAUCGAGAACAACGGGCGGCCCGAGUUCAUCGUCAAGGUCAUGGAACAGGGUUUGGAGGACCUGGUCUUCACUGACGCAUCCCCCCAAGCUGUGUGGAACCGUAUCAUCGAACCCGUGGCUGCCAUGCGAAAGGAAGCCGACAUGCUUCGAUUGUUUCCAGAGUAUCUUAAGGGCGAGGAGCUCUUUGGGUUGACAGUGCACGCCGUCCUACGAAUUGCAGAGUCGCUGCCUGGGGUGGAAAGCUGUCACAACUAUUUGUUUCGAUAUGGACGGCACCCACUGAUGGAACUGCCUCUUAUGAUCAACCCUACUGGCUGUGCCCGCUCUGAGCCCAAAAUUCUCACCCACUACAAACGGCCUCACACCCUCAACAGCACCAGCAUGUCCAAGGCAUACCAGAGCACCUUCACAGGCGAGACCAACACCCCAUACAGCAAACAGUUUGUGCAUUCCAAGUCAUCCCAGUAUCGACGGCUUCGAACAGAGUGGAAGAACAACGUGUACCUGGCUCGAUCUCGUAUUCAGGGCCUGGGGCUGUAUGCUGCCAAGGACUUGGAGAAGCACACCAUGGUCAUUGAGUACAUUGGCACCAUCAUCCGAAAUGAGGUGGCCAACCGUCGAGAGAAGAUCUAUGAGGAGCAGAAUCGAGGUAUCUAUAUGUUUCGUAUAAACAAUGAGCAUGUGAUUGAUGCCACACUUACUGGAGGGCCCGCCAGGUACAUUAACCAUUCUUGUGCCCCCAACUGUGUGGCAGAGGUCGUGACCUUCGAUAAGGAGGAUAAGAUCAUUAUCAUCUCCAGCCGGCGCAUCCCCAAAGGAGAAGAGCUGACCUAUGACUAUCAGUUUGACUUUGAGGAUGAUCAGCACAAAAUCCCCUGCCACUGUGGAGCCUGGAACUGCCGGAAGUGGAUGAAUUAAGCUCAGAGGCAACUGGGCAGGGGAAACCCUCCAAAGCCCUUCCCGAAAGGGUUGAAGGGGAAGAGAGCCAGGACCCAGAGUUGGGGCUGCUGGCUGACCAGAGCCCCAGGAGCAGGAUGGGGCUAAGGGCCCCGGGGCAGUGCCCAUUCUGGGCACCAGGGAUGACUUCCCUCCCCCACCACAGGCCCCAGGCUGGCAUAUCUGCCCCCAGCUCCAGGAGCCGACAGACAGAAACAGCCAUUGGGCAUCUCAGGUUCGGGGGGUGGGGGGGUUGGGUAGAAAUGGGCUGGGAACUACCCAGCACCGUCUGGGAGGCAGCAGAGACGGUGAGGAGGGUGGCAGCUUGGGUCUCCCAGCCCCAGUGCUCCCACUGACGUCCCCAGCCCAACUCAAGGCUGCAAAGAGACUUGAUUAAGCUUGACAAUCCCAAAGGCUGGGUCCCCACACCUGGCCCUGCCCGCUGGGUCCUGUCCCCACUUCCUAAUCCCCUCCUUCCCUUUCUCUCUGUCUCCCUCUUCUCCUCUGUGUCUCUCUGUCCCUCUUUCCAUCUCUCUCUUUCUGGGUUGUGUUUCCUUGUUUUCUCUCUGACAAAUGCAACACGAACGGGAAAGAGGCACCCAGCUGCCCGGGUGGGGCGGGCAAGGCAGGCAAGCCGGGCAAGGAGAUCCUGCACCCACACCUACCUCAUUUAAGUGUUGGAUUUUUUGCUGUUUUGAAAUGUGAGACCCUCUCCCCAGCCCUCUAAUCCCUCAACCCCCUGUCUGAAUUGGGGGUAGAAGGGAGGGGAGGGAAAAAAGGAAAAUCUUUAGAAAAAAAAAAUCUGUUUUUAACUGUGGGCAUGGGGUAGUGACUAGGGCUGAUGGGAAGCAUUUGAGAGAGGGUGACCCCUUGAUCCCCUCAGAGGUUGUGCAUCUCUCCCCCUCUGAACAAGUUGGGAGGGGGAGGUGUUGGGGUUGUGUUUCAGAACCAGGGUGUCCUCCUCUUGUACUCCCAACCCCAUCAUGAGCCCAGUGCCUCCCUCAGCCUCUCCCUGGAAUCUGAGGGGAAAGAGGUUCUCUUGAGUUAUGUACCCAUUCCCCGUGGGGCAGGUUGGGGCCCAGAGCUCCCUACUUCCCCAGCCACCAAACUGCUGCUGGUCUGGUGGGAAAGGGAGGUGUUGGGGGUAGGGGAGCUUAGUGUCAUCGU